GUGAAGAAACCGACAAUGGCCAGUGGUGCAGAGGAAAACAACAAUAAGGACGCCACUGGGGAAUCACAUGAAGAGAGUCCAAGUGAGGAGGCCUCCAAACCUGUGGGUGGGAAAGAUGAGACAGUGAGUGAAAAAGAUGAAAGCGUGGGCCAGACUGAUGAACAGAACAGAGAGGAAGAGCCCGAUCCAAAUCCACAGCCCACAGAUGGAGAGGUAGUGGACAUCAAGGACAUCAAAACUGAGAAUGAAGGUGAGAGCAAUGACGACACAAAUGAAAAGACAGAGACUAAAACAGAGGAGGAAAAGAAAGAGAGUCAGAGCAAUAAAAAUGCUAAAGAAGACACGGGAGAGACAAUAAAACCAGAUGAAUCAGAAAAACAAGAGAAUAAAGAGAAUUCAGCUGUAGGAACAGAAGAAAAGGGAAACCAUGAGACUCAAGCUGAACCUGAUGAGAAAGAUCGUGACUCUAAAGAGCUCGACACAUCAGCAACAGGAAAUAAAAAGGACCAGGAGAAAAAAGAAACUCCAAAGAACAAAGAAAAGACCGGUGAGAAAGCAGGAAAAGCUAAAGGAAAGACUGAAGUCAGUGCUGCCUCUCUUUCCAGACCGUCCACGCAGGCUUCUCGACAGCGAAGUGCCCGGCCAUCGGCCAGAAAAGAAGCAAUGGCCAAGUUUCAACAAGAUCAGGGUCCAGCCGUCCGAAACUUUAAGGUCCAGAAGACGUCUGUUGGUGCGUCUGCUGGGGCGUCAAUCAAACAAAAAAUCCUCCACUGGUGUAGCAGCAGAACGCGGAGCUAUGAGGGUGUCUCUAUAGAGAACUUCUCCUCCUCCUGGAGUGAUGGCCUGGCCUUCUGCGCCCUCGUUCACCGCUUCUUCCCCGACGCUUUUGAUUUUGCCUCCCUUAAAGCCAGCGAAAGAGAGAAGAACUUUACCCUGGCAUUCAGCAUGGCAGAAUCUUUGGCUGACUGCUGCCCUCUCCUGGAUGUAUCAGACAUGGUCCUGAUGGGAAAGAAGCCAGAUCCCUUCAGUGUCUUCACCUACGUUCAGUCCCUCGUCCAGCACCUUUCCAAAAUCGAGCGGGAGAGAAAAGAGAAAGCAGAUCUGGAGAAGAAACAGGAGUCUGAAAAUAAGGACGAGGGAGGGGAGACGACAGAGAAUGCAGAAGAACAUGAGAAGGCUGAGGAGAUGUCUGAGGAGAAAGGAGCAGAAGAUGCUUCUCCAGAGGAAGAACAACGCGGUACUGAGGAAGAACCUGACACAAAGAUGGCGGAGGAUCAAACUGACAGUGAAGCAAACACACCUACCGCAGCAGAGACAUAAACAUAAUGAAACCAAGAGUGAAGAAAAACUAAAUAUUUUACGUUUUAAUACAUCUGUAGUGAAUGCAAGGAUCUACUUUUAACAUGAUUUAACACUAAACUAUUAAUAUUGUAUUUUAUAUAUCUGAAUAAAGACUCAUUCUAAAA